CCGACUUGGCGCGCUUUUGAAGUCCCCGGGUGCUCGGAGCUCCACCGCCGGCGACACGCCCCUCUCGGUGCCGCGGCAUGCCUGGGCCGCCCGCUUCGCGGAGGACCCGGGAGGAGGUGGACGCGACGUUGCAGGUCGCCAAGCUGAACGCCGCCGAGCUGCUGCCCACUGUGCACUGCCUGAGCUUCGGUCCCGGCACCAGCGGCGCGGCCUCCGGCGACUUCUGCCUGCUGGAGCUGGACCCCGCACUGUGCCAGCAGCUGGAGGCCGGGCAUAGUUUUGUGAUUCGAGGGGACAAAGAUGAGCAAGCCGUGUUGUGCAGUAAAGACAAGACCUAUGACCUGAAGAUAGCAGACACAUCCAAUAUGCUGCUUUUCAUCCCUGGCUGCAAAACUCCAGACCAGCUGAAGCAGGAGGAAACACAGAGUAACAUUGUUCACACGGAGAUCUUUGGUUUCUCUAAUAAUUAUUGGGAAUUAAGAAGAUGCAGACCUAAGUUAAAAAAGCUGAAGAAGCUCCUGAUGGAAAAUACCUAUGAAGGCCCUGACAGUCAUAAGGAAGAGGAUCUAAGCCGUUCAAAAUAUACAACUGAAGAUUUGCUUGAUCAAAUUCAGGCAAGUGAGGAAGAAAUAAUGGCCCAGUUACAAGUCCUGAAUGCCUGUGAGAUUGGAGGUUAUUGGAGGAUUCUUGAAUUUGAUUAUGAGAUCAAACUUCUGAAUCAUGUAACUCAGCUUGUAGACUCCGAAUCUUGGUCUUUUAAUAGAGUUCCCUUGAAUGUAUGCCUGCAGGAACUUGGACCUCUGGAGCCAGAAGAAAUGAUUGAACACUGUCUUAAAUGCUAUGGAAAGAAAUACAUGGAUGAAGAUGAAGUUUAUUUUGAACUGAAUGAGGACAAAAUAUGCCGAGUGACCGCAGAGAUGCUGCUGCAGAACGCUGUGAAAUUUAACCUCGCCGAGUUCCAGGAGGUGUGGCAGCAGAGUGUCCCCGAGGGAAUGAGGACUCGGCUUGAUCAGCUCAAGGGUUUAGCACUGGUGGAUAGGAAUUCAAGACCAGAAAUCAUCUUUUUGCUCAAAGUAGAUGAUUUGCCUGAGGGAACACAGGAGCGUUUUAAUAGUCUCUUCUCUCUAAGAGAAAAGUGGACAGAAGAAGACAUCGCUCCGUAUAUCCAAGAUUUGUGUGGAGAGAAGCAAACUAUAGGUGCGUUACUUACUAAAUAUUCUCGUUCUUCAAUGCAAAAUGGCGUGAAAGUUUAUAAUUCAAGAAGACUCAUCUCUUAAAAGAAUGGCGGACUUUUUGGGGAGACUAAAUAGCUUUAUAAAGUUCCUGGAUGUAAUAAAAGAAGAUUCUCUUGCA